AUGUCCUCUCAGAGACUAUGGCUCAAGCUGUCAUCGAGCCUUGAGCACAGAAACAGAGCAGCAAACUCCACGGCAUGGAGACUUCUCAGGAGUCAUGGGCGGCAGCGAUUUGGGCCUUGGACCCGCGAGGAGCGUAUUCUUCGUAUAGCCCGCUUACUUCUUCUUUGA